AUGUUGGCUGAUCGAGCGGGGGUGAAAACGAACGACAGUGGAAGAGGGAGGAGGAGGAGAAGCGAGAGAUGGCCUUCCCGGAAAGUGCUUGCUGGUGACUGGACCUCCGGUAAGCUAUUCAACUUCCAGGAGGACUUCAGGGAAAAGUACAAGAAGGAGCAUCCAAACAACAAGUCGGUUGCUGCCGUCGGUAAAGCUGGUGGCGAUAAAUGGAAAUCGUUGUCAGAUGCCGAGAAAGCUCCCUAUCAAGCCAAGGCAGACAAGAGGAAGGUAGAAUAUAACAAGAACAUUCAGGCGUACAACAAGCAAUUAGCUGAAGGAAAUAACGAAGCCGAUGAAGAAGAGUCUGACAAGUCCAAGUCUGAGGUAAAUGAUGAUGAUGAAGACGAGGACGAGAGCGGUGAGGAGGAAGACGACGAUGAGUAGAGAGUAGGGGAAUCGAAAUGGAGGGGGAGAGGCAAUAUGCGUAGGGUUGCUUAGAGGAUAAUUGAAAGGCCUGCCUGCACUUUGUCUUCACUAUGGAUAAGUUGCUGGCUCUCUAGUUUUUGCUUUUAGGGAUUAGAUUUAGGAAAAACACAAACAAAAAUUGGAUUAAGUUUGAAGAUUGUCUGCUCCCCUUGAUUCCCAUAUCGUUGUUUUUGCACUUAUGAUCCUUAAGUUCAACGAAUUUCAGUUUGCUUUCGUUA